UUUUUAUCAUUUAUAUUACUAAUCUGUGACAUUGUUGCAUAUUUAUUUUAUUUUUAUAUUAUAAUCUUCUUUUAAAAGAAUAUUUCAGGUUUGUGGUCUUUAACUCAAGUAUUGUUAUGCCGCAUGCAUAUAAAAACAAGAAUCCCAACUGAAUGGCCAUUUAUGUGAUAAACUUUAAGAUCUGCGAAAGAAAAUGAAGACAACUUUAGUUCUAACUAUCGCAUUAGCCUUAUUUCUAGCAUGCAACGCCAAACAAUUUUCAAAAUGUGAACUAGCUAGACAUCUCCUUCAACAAAACGUGGAAAAAUGGCAAAUUGGCACUUGGGUAUGCAUCGCCCAACACGAAUCCAACCUGAGCACUACAGCCAUUAACCGUAAAACCGACGACUACGGAAUAUUCCAAAUAAGUUCACUUUAUUGGUGUAACCACGCCAGAGCUGGUAAAGGAUGUGGACUUAGUUGCAACAGUCUCUUAGACGACGAUAUACACGAUGAUAUUCAAUGUGUUAAGAGAAUCUUUAAAGAAACUGCCAAAUUUAGAGUAAAUGGAUUUAUGGCAUGGACUGUGUAUCCCAAAUUUUGCAAGGGAGAUACUCGUCAUUACGUUGCUGGAUGUUUUUAGAAAAAUAAAAUAUAAAAUAAACGUGAUUAAAUAUUAAUUAAUAAAGCUUGAUGAGU